ACAGCACAAGUCUCAGUGCCGACCAUCCAAGAGCGCCCCGAACAAUGCGAGUUGGCAACAUUGUCCUGCUAGCUACCGCGAUCCUUGCAGCCAUCGACGUGACAUCUGGUACCUCGGCAUCGACUUUGACUUUGACUUCUGAACGUGCCAACGCGGUUUCUGCGUUUACUAACGGCUCAAACGACAAGAGACUUCUACGAACUGGUGCUACAGUAAGUGAGGGCGACGAAGAGAGAGCGGUCGCUGUUGCCGUUCUGGAGAAGCUCAAGAACGCUCGAGUGCAGCAAAUGCUGAGAGAGGGGUUCGAGGUUGACGACGCUUUCCUUGCGUUAAAGCUUGAGGCGGCUAAGGGUAACAUCUUUGGGGGUUGGAAGUUCAAGACGUGGAUGAAAUUCGCAAACAAGCUCGAUAGGCAAAACGCUGGAGAGGCCAUGGUUCGCUCGCUUGCGACUAAGUAUGGCGAUGUUGGGCUGGCGAAAAUGCUGCGACAUAUCAACUAUGGAAAAACGGCGGGCAUCAGCAAGAAGCUGCAGCGCGACCAAUUUGAUUUUUGGUUCAAGGAGGGGAUGGGGCCGCGCUACGUGCUCAGGACGCUGUUCAAGGCAGAAGAGGAGAAAGAGAUCGGCAAGCUUGGUCGGAAGAUCUUGGGAGAAUACCGGGACUAUUUGAACAAGAACCACCCUGAUUGGUCCAAGACAAUCUAUUAGCAGUAGUAGCAAUAGUUCAUGCACCGCACGAGCGUUUGAGUCGACAUCCACUACAUUCGAUACCGCCAAACUUCGUCUGAUGGUAUAGCCACGACGUGGGUAGACACCGCGCUAUUACACUGGUCAUUUAUAAUAAAAGUCCGCGAAACCUCUGCAAGUGAAUAUGCC